AUGCCAAUAGUACUCGAUACUUGUGGACCUUGGGGACCUUCAGCCAGAGAAAUGAUUUCAACUAUUGGCCAUUUGAUUUAUGCUCAAAGCAGUGAAGAUAGAUCUACUGAAUACCUUCGCCAAAGAAUUUCAAUUGAGAAUCAGAGAGGAAAUGCUGCUCCCAUUCUCAAUACUAUUCCCUCAAGCAAAGGUCUGGAAGAAAUUUUUUAUGUACUGGGUGAUGCUUUUUCAAUAAAAACACGGACUUGUGCAAGCAGAUCUACACAAGGAGAUUCAUUAGAACUCUUUAAACCCAUCCAUGCUGUUGAUGUCCCACCCACAUCAACUGUCGUUGAGUCAUUAUCGAAUCACCAGUCAACCUAUUCAACUCCAUCUGAUAUUCUAACUGGAAAUCGAAAUUCAAAAUCGAUGUAUCUCCGUUCAAGCAAUAGGAAUUGUGAAUACUGGUCCAUGGAUUAUCCGAUAUCAUGGAAGAUUUCGGGACUCAACGGCAUGAAUAACAAUGGGAACACGUGUUUCAUGAACAGUAUAAUUAAGUGCCUGUCUCACACUAACUGGUUGUUGGAGUAUUUAUAUCCAGCACGGAGGGAUCUUUGA